AUGGCAAGUGGCAAAGAAGGAGAAGUCUCCAGAAAUCAGGGCUACAUAUCAGAUGAAUCGGAUUUCUACGGGGACCCCACAACCAAAGAAUCAUUCGAAGAUCGUGCAGCAGACUUCGACGAUAGAGCAUAUUGGAAACAGCAUCAGCCAUCUUUGAUCGAAAAGGCAGAUGCCAAUGUUGCCCAAAGCCUUGCAAGUCCACCGCCAAAAGUGAAUCUGUAUAAUCCGUAUGCUGGUCAAGCAUGUGCAUGGCAACUUGAUGAGAGUGUCGGGGCUUUCCUACAACGACUACCACCAAGUACUACCCCGCUUUCUGAAUCAAUCCCGUGGAUAUACAUCGCCAAUCCUUUUCAAAAGGCUCCGGAAGGUAUUGCGGUAAAUGGAGAGGCCCCUCCUAGUGAAGAUAGCAACUGGGCAAGAUGUGUAACCAGAGGGCAUCGCCUACUUGAGGAAUUAACUACUCUUCGCAACACAAUCGAGAAGGAAAAUGCUGGAAAAGACCUGAAUAUAAUCAGUCACUUGGUAAAAAAAGAGAAAGACAUCAUCGUUCAGAAAAUUCUAGAUACUGCUAUUGAAUGUCGAUGUACUAGUGGAAAGUGGAUGAUCUUCUGCGACUCUUCUGAAGUAAAUGAAGUCUGGGCCGCAAUCGCUAAAUCCACCUCCACCAAUUCCCUCGGUAUAGCCGCCAAAGUCGCUCCCAACGAUGCAUCCGGUCUUUCUCGAACAACUCAUGUUAUAUGCAUUUAUACCGAGAAUUUCUCAGAUAAGAUGGAUGUGUAUCGAGUAUUGAAAGCUAUUAAGGAGUUGGUAUUGGUGAACAGAACCCGAACGGGAGCUAUUCAUUAUAAAUGCGAUGUAUACACACACCUCGAACUCAACUCCUCCAACCAAUACAAUAUCAAGGCUUCCCUAUACAGCUCCCUAGAACUUCUUAAGAAUCCUCCGCACAAUCAACUCAUCACUAACAUUCCAAAAGUUCGACCCAUCAAAAAGGAAGAAAUGCAAAAGUAG